AUGUCGGAUCCCGAACAGUCGAGCGAUUCUAGCUCAAAUUCUAGUAGUUCAGGCUCCGACUCAUCAAGAAGAGGAGGCGUAAAGAAAUUUCGUCUCUCAAGUGAAAAGUCAGCUAGUUUGGCCGACUGGGUCGUAUCGGGUUUAGAUGACACUCGAAAAGUGCUAGAGAGGCCUUUAGACCCAAACUAUAUAAAGAAGAACGCCAACCUGCUGAUCAACCCCAAUCUAGAUGAUGCAUUCUACAUCCGGCUGAAGGCAGUUAAGUCAUCUUCGGCAGCCAAAACCAACAUCGACCCAAUCGAGAAAAUCUACAGGAACCAAACCUUUAAGAUACUUGACUUAGUCAAGCCCAUCAUGUUUCUAGCAAGUCAGCUCAAGAAGAAGAAGAAAUCCCGAGCCGACGCCAAGGCGGUCAAAACAGCUCUGAAGCUCUGGGCGGUGGUGUACCACGACAUCACGAACGCGCGACGCCGCAACAUUCUGGCCCAAAUCUACCCACAGAAUAUUGGGCUGCUAGACGACAAGGCUGUCCUGCCAACGGGUGGGGAACACCUCUUUGGUUCGAAGUUCACCCAGGCCCUGGUCGAGCAAGUGAAAACUCUGAACGCUCUCGAAAAUGCGGGAGGCCCUCGCGCGUCCGGAUCUAAAGGUGGCCAUGAUCAACGCCAAGCGAAUCGCGAUUUCAGCCACUCUCCUUCAUCUUCAGGCGGUCGCUAUUCCAAUUUUAAAGGAUCUCGAUCCAACAAGGAUAGCCACAGAUCCAAUUUCGACCUUGGCUCACCCAAUCCCGCCAAUAAAGGCGAUCAGAACAACAACAACAAAUAGGCCAUUUGAACC